AUGCAUACUGAAUGUGUCGACUCUCAUGGCUUCUAUGCCAGACAGAAGGCCCCUAAGUUCCAGUAUGCACAUUGUUGCAUACAACAACAACAAGGUCGCGAUGAACUCUUACUCGAUCGCUCUCCGGCGAAUGAAGAUGAUGGUAGAGGGUGUUUCGGUGCUUGUUCCGUGGGCAUGAUUGGGACACACAGGCUAAUGACAACAUGGGCGACCCAUCCUACAUUGGCAUGCCGGUGUGAAAUGAAUAGCACGCCGACGAACGUCAGUCGAUUCUCGACUCUCCUUCUUUGGCAACUAGGGGCAACAUGUUCCUCUGAGGCCUCUGAGACAGGAGGCUAUAUGAUGUGUGUUGGGUCGAUGAAGGAGUCAGGACGCGAGAGAACCUGGCAAGGACUCGGAGUCCAUCACAUGAUUUAUCGACCCCUUUCGGAUGGCGUCGGAGGGUCGGCAAUAGGAAUAUCAAACUCUGCCGCGAUCUCGCUAUACCUUCCUCCAUCAAGCAUGGCAGGUCGUGAUAGAACUCGGCGCCACAUUCUGACUAGGGACUUCAAUAGCCCGGAAAUGAUCUCGAAAAUAUAUGAAAUCGCCUAUGUCUGGGGCGAUACCGUACCAUCGGAAUCCAGUAUUCUGCCUCCCUAUCUUGAAGCGUUUCGUCAUCAUCUAUCUACUACCAAUAUUCCACCUAAUGACGCCAACAAUACCGACCUUUCCCUAAUCCGCGCCUGCUUCUUUGCAUUCGGAAAAGGGGUAUCUGCUUUACACGAAGUACCUGAAACUGAGGCGCUGUGGGAGGAUAUACUCAGAAUGACAGAUACUAUUCUUUCGUGGACCCGCUACCUCUUCCGAUCUUUCGAUAUGUCCAUCAGCCUCGAAGACAAUCCAGCUCUCGAGGACGGUAAUUUGUCUUCGAUCGCAUACCUCCUCUCGUCUAUGGUUGAAAGCAAACGGUUCCGGCUCUCCUUAUCCUCCGAGCCCCAUUUGAUUGCAAAAUCCGUUCAUUUUUGGCUGGCCCUCAGCCUUCACGGAUACCAGUCAGCAUACGAGUUCCGGGCACUAAUGGCAGCCCUUUCUGUUUGGGAAGACACAAUGCCCACGAUGGAAGAGGCCUUAUCACGUCUUGAAAUGGAGAACGUGGCCACUGUGAUAAUUCGAGAUAUCAUCGAGGACCAGUCUCGUCAGCCUCCGAGAUACACUGAUUAUAUCAGAGGUGCAACCCUCUUAACACUCUUCGGAGGAACGUCGGACCAUCUCUGCGACUGUCUGGUUGCAAGGAGGUCGAUUAUGUGGUGCUGUCAGAUGGGAGCACGAGCGGCGGCACUGCAAUAUUUCUUUGCAUAUGUGUAUGAAGCCUGUCGAACAUAUGUGUACAACCUUGCCGAGGCCUUGGACUUCCGCUUCCUUGAGGAGUUCAUAACACCGGACAUUUUCCAGCCAAAGUUCUAUGAGAUUUUGGCCGGAGUCUUAGAGCUCGCGGAGACUUUUACAGUAUAUCGAUCUGUCCUGCGCCGGAUCCUUCGCUUUGUGAGGCAUGCCGAUAAGUUUGAGUCUACGCUAGGAGAAGGACGUACGACUGAAGGGUGGUAUAGUUUGAAGACUCUUGCUCUUGAACGCGAAGAAGGGAUGCAUCGAUAUGACAUGGAAGAAAACAAGGGUCGUUUUAUAUGCGAGAAUCAGCAAUGCCCCAACAAGGAGAUCACGCCUCGAACAUCUUCCCGACGCUGUGAGGGAUGUUUGAACGUGAUGUACUGCUCCCCAGAGUGCCAAAAGAUCGACUGGAAAGCGAUUCCAGGUCAUCGCUCGUCAUGUUUGGAGAAUCAAUCGAAACGGAAAGGUGGACGGCCGUACGGAAUAUCUUGUAUCGACUUUGAAUUCUGUUUUGAGAGGUGCAAAACCGACAUUCAGAUCCAUAUGAAUCUUAUUCGUGCUUUGAGAGCACAGAACCUCAGCGAGCAAGCCCGAACUUCUGAGCCUGUUGCUACAUCCAUUGUCAUGAGCUACUGUGGGCCUGGCCGUGACGUGAAGAUGCUGAGGAGGGAUAUAUCGACUUACGGGGGGCUAAUAGGGGAGGAUAAGUGGCGAUUGUUGAAGAAGACCGGCGAGGAAGUUAUUAUUAUCAUGGAGAUGCCUUAUACUUUCGACAAACCGGCCUAUUCCGCCUUCCCUCUUUCCAGUACCACUGACGGUCUGGUUGAUGACGCCAUCUCUAAAGAUACGGGGCUACCAAGGAAAAAUUGUCGUCAGAGCCAAGAAUGCGCGCCAGUGAGAGAGCAACGUACACAUGAUCGUUGGCCCAGCAGCAUUUCUCUUCAGCAAAUGCAUAGCUAUAACGGUAAUCAAGAGCUCAAGCACCCAGGACUGUGGUCUCUGUCGCAUAAAUUUGCCUCGAAGGAAAUGGGUCAGUCAACAUCAACAAUGGUCACGAAACGUGCCUACCUUUUUUACAGCAUCACCUUCAGCCUGCCUAGAAGACAGUACCAGCAUCGUAGUACGAACGCUUGGAGCUAUUGA